AUGCGGCGGAGAGUGAGAGAGAACGUACGGAGGUUGACGGAAGACGGCGGUGGAGGGAGGUUGAUGGAGGACGAAGCGGCGAGAUUUUAUUUCGAAAAGCAUUUAUUCGUAACGACGGUGUCGCUGCAAUCGCCGCCUGAGAGAGAGACGGAGAGGUUUCGAGGUUUGAUUUUGCUCCCUCCGAUGGAUUCAGUCAACGAUGGCAAACUCAGUGCCGAAGGUUUCUGUGUAGCAGCUCGAGCUUUCGCCGAUAAAUGGAAAAGACAUAACCAGCUGUUACCUCCCUGGUCAUGGAUUCCUCUGAUCAAUCGAACUCUAAUUGUUCCGAAUAAGGAGGAAGGUUACUUGUCGCUGGAGAAGAUCAUUCUCAGUUCACUUGAGGAAGAAGCUGAUUCCUCGGAAAAAGAAGUGUCAACUGAUGACACGAUCUUGAAAAUUACAGAGGAGGAAUGUCUAGAUGUAACCGCGGAAGACUUAGAAUCGAUUGAUCACACGAUCUUGGUCCAAAACGUAGAAAAAGAAGCACACUACUAUGAUUUCAAUGUGGUUUAUAGUGCAUCAUAUAGGGUUCCUGUGCUAUAUUUUCGCGGAUACUGCAGCGGUGGACAACCUCUUUCUUUGGAUGUCAUCAAAGAAGAUCUGCCCUCAGGCUCUGUUGGUCUUUUGCUGGAAUCUAAAUGGACAUUUAUAACACAAGAGGAGCAUCCGUAUUUGAACCGGCCAUGGUUCAAGCUACAUCCAUGUGGGACUGAGGAAUGGAUCAAGCUGCUCAGCGCUGCUGGUUGUCAGAUUCCAGUUGAGUUGUACUUGGUUUCAUGGUUCUCUGUUGUCGGGCAAGUGGUUGGUCUUAGGAUCCCUCAUGAGAUGCUCAAUUAG